UAUUUAUUAUUUUCUGUUCAUAGUCUUCAAUUAUCCCGUUCAGAAUUUUUUGAAGAAAGAGAAAGCAUACAAGAGAGAGAAUGGCGGAAGUUAUUGGUUGUCACAGCGUUGAUCAGUGGAAGGAACAGUUUGAGAAUGGGGCCAAAUCUGGUAAACUGGUUGUGGUUGAUUUCACUGCUUCAUGGUGCGGGCCAUGCCGUUUCAUUGCACCAAUUUUGGCUGAUCUAGCUAAGAAAAUGUCCCAUGUGAUCUUCCUCAAGGUUGAUGUUGAUGAGUUGAAGACUGUUGCUGAGGAGCAGAAGGUUGAAGCAAUGCCAACUUUUAUUUACUUUAAAGAUGGGAAGGAAGUUGACAGGGUUGUGGGUGCUAGGAAAGAAAACCUCUUGGAAUGCAUAAAUAAGCAUGCUGUUGCUGCUUCUUCAUCUGAAACUGUUGCUGCAUAAGCCUUCCCAUGAAUCAAAUAACCAUAAGCUCAUUGCUUUCGCUCUUUUAUGUUAAUUGUGUUGCUUACUGAGUAGUACUCUUAAGGCAAUGUUCUGCCUUAUUCUGAAUCAUGUGCUUGUACGUUUUAACAGUGUGGAGAAUGAUAUAAUACUAUUGUGAGCUGUCUUUUGUUUUCGUUUA